AUGAGGAUUGAAAAGUGUUAUUUUUGCUCUUCUAAUAUCUACCCCGGCCAUGGGAUUACAUUCGUCAGAAAUGAUUGUACCGUGUUUCGAUUUUGUCGUUCAAAAUGUCACAAAUUGUUCAAGAAGAAGCGUAAUCCAAGAAAGACUGGAUGGACGAAAGCUUCGCGUAUGGCACGAGGAAAAGAGCUGAAGAAUGAUAGCACAUUUAACGUUGAAGCACGGCGUAAUGAACCACUGAAAUACGACCGUCAGUUGUGGCAUGAAGCAGUUGAUGCCGCCAAAGAAAUAAUAGCUUUGCGUGAGAAACGUUAUGGUGAACAUAUCAAAAGAACUCUGCAACCGGGUAAGGCCAUCAAACGUAUUGGUGAUCUACAGAAGGCUCGAAAGAAGGUGUAUUUGAUACGUGCCCCAUUGCAAUCGAAAAAGCAGGCCAGUAGUACUGAAGAAGUUCAGCAGAAAAUGGAAGAAAAGAUGGAAACAAACUGA